AUGCUUGAGUUUCAUCUCCAAGUUCUGUGGUAUGCUAUGUUCUUUGAUAUUGUGCCCGAUGUCUCCUUCUGGAGGUUUCCUUCGCCGACCUUUACAAAUGGAAUCCUACCAUCGGGUCCCAGUGUACGUCCGUCCCUGUGGGCUGAUUACAACGUCUGUGUGGGUAUCAUCGGGCAGACGCCGACGCCGACGCCAACCAACCCGGGCAACAGCAUCUCGACGCCUACGCCUAUCCAGGCCGGUAUGAUCAGUAGCUGCAAGAAGUUUCAUCUCGUCAAAUCCACAACGCUUUGUGGCUCGAUUCAGAACUACUACAAGAUCACUAUGGCAAACCAUUAUGGGUUGAACCCGGCUAUUGGUUCUGGCUGUAAAAGCCUGAGGGCGGAAUAUUAUGUCUGCGUUGGGGUUUAG